AUUAUAAAUUAUUGAUGUUCUUAACUAAAUUCCCAAAGAAAUAUAGAGGCCCAAUGUUAGCCAGAGCCUUUACGAGAACUCCUGAGCAAGUUCUGAAGAACUACAAAUUGACUACUGGGUUCGAGAUUCAUUGCCAAAUGUUGACUGAGACAAAGUUGUUCUCCAAUGCUCCCACAAAAAGUAACGAUCUGAGCAAUUCAUGAGCUAGCUUUGUAGAUGUAGCCUUACCUGGCAUGCUUCCAGUGCUGAACAAAGAAUGCCUCAAAGUUGCCUUAAAAGCAUCUCUCGCUCUUAAAGGAGAUAUCAACAAGAAAGAUGGUUAUGAAAUAAGAUUUGAUAGGAAACAUUACUUCUAUCCAGAUAUGCCUCAAGGAUAUCAAAUCACUCAGAAGGAACAUCCAAUUAUGGAGAAUGGCUACCUUAGAUUCUACAACCGACUCAAGAAGGAGGAUAAAAUUGGCAUUGAAAGAAUUCAGAUAGAGCAAGACUCUGCAAAAAGUUUCCAUGAUUUUCAUAAUUACUCAGGGAUCGACUACAAUCGUGCUGGCUCAGCUCUGCUUGAGAUAGUAACUUUCCCAGAAAUUCAUCAUCCCAUUGAUGCAAGGAUUGUGGUGAGAGAGCUUCAAGAGACUUUGAAGUAUCUCAAUAUCUCCACAGCCAAUAUGGAAGAGGGCCAAAUGCGUUGCGAUGUAAAUAUUUCCCUCAGGCAUCGCUUUGACUCUGAGAAGUUUGGUAACAGAGUUGAGCUCAAAAACUUGCAAGGUAUCAAAUUCAUAGAGAAAGCCAUCGAAAGUGAAAUUGUGAGACAAGCAACUAUAAUUGAUUCAGGAGGAUAUGUCCCACUUCAAACCAGAAGAUACGAUGUUGACAAGAAUGAGACAAUCUUGUUGAGAGAGAAAGAGGAUGACCUAGACUACAGAUUUAUGUAUGACCCUGACCUUCCUUCCUAUUUUAUUACCCCAGAAAUGAUCUCAGAAGCUGAAGAACAGAUAAGCAGUGUCCCAUUUGAUGAAAAGAAGAAACUUAGUGAUAAAUUUGGGUUAACUGUGGAUCAAGCUCAGACAGUGUUUUCUUACCCUGAACUCUAUGAUUACUUCAUGGAAACCUUGAUUCAGCUAAAUGAAAUAGUAGAUCCUCAGCUGGUUUACAACUACAUCUUCUCUAUAUUCAUUGGAAACUGCACCAAGAAGAACCUCACCAAUUUCAAAUUCAAGAUCGAUCAGUGCAAAACCAAAGGAAAUGAUAGGCUAAUAGAGCUUAUGCUCCUACAGGUCGAAGACAAGAUCUCUUUCUCUCAUGCCAAAAUGGUCCUAUACGAGAUUAUUGAUGGAGACAAGAGAUCUUCCUUCAACAUUGCAAAGGAUAGCGGCUUCAUCAAAAAUGAAAAUACAAGCAUUGAAGAUAUCAAUGCUGUGAUUGAUAAAAUCCUUGAAGAAAAGCAAGACAUUGUUGAAAAGUUAAGAGCUGAGAAUAGAAGCAAUAAGAGAAAGAAGAAGCUUGGCCCUAUAAUGUUCUUAGUCGGCCAGGCAAUGAGAGUGCUCAAAGCAGAUGGAGACCCUCAGUACGUUCAAGAAUACAUCAGAAAGAAAGUACUUGGCAAAUAA